AUGGCCACAGGCAAGAGAACAAAAUGCCAGUGCAAGUGCAAAAAUUUACGUAAAUAUUUCAGCGAAUACUGCGAAAACACUAGCAUUCAUGGUCUGCAUUAUUUUGCCCAAAAUAGAACCAAACUGGAAAUACUUUUUUGGAUUGUUGCAGAAGUUACAGCUUUGAUGUUUGUCUGUUAUAUGAUUUACGUUCUUGGUAAUAAGUUCAUAUCAGUGCCCGUAAUUGUGUCAUUUUCCACUAAAGAGACGCCCAUUUUCAAAAUACCUUUUCCAACUGUUACAAUCUGUUCAAAUGCGAGAUUCACCUCAACCACAGUAAAUUACGCGGAAUUAAUGCGAAAAGUUCGAACUAAACAAAAUUUAACAGAAGAGGAACUAUCAAAUUUAAACUAUGCAGCACCAACUUGCUAUGAACAGUUUCAAAGAACUCACUUGAGAGAAAAAUUUUAUCAAAAAACAUUAUCGAAUGAUGUAAUUGAUUUCUUUAAUAAGACCAAAAGGCAUUUUCUCCAUAAUUGUUUUUGGAUGGGAAUGGAAAUGGAAUGCGAUGACUUUACUCCAGUUUUAACUGAAGACGGGGUGUGCUGGUCCUUUAACAACCUGGACAAAUCGGAACUUUUCAGAGAUGACGUUUACAACCACCCAGAUUUCUUCAAUAGUCGAAAAUCUGAUUGGGACAUAGAGGAGGGAUACAAAUCAAAAUCUGUAUUUGGUUAUCCAGGAAGAUCCUUAAUGAGUGGCCACAGCAAAGCUCUGGUUAUUAUUCUGUACUCCAAAAGAAGAACUGUUGAUCCUUUAUGCGUUUUCGAUGAUGGAGGAGGAUACGAGGUCAGCGUUCACAUACCAGGGAAACAAUCUAGAUUGUCGCAAGACUUCAUAACGGUAGGCUCGAACAUGAACGUGAUGGCAGCCAUACAACCUUCGAUUAUUUCCACUUCAUCAGCUGUGAAAGACUAUCCUUCAUCACGAAGGGAUUGUUUCUUCCAAUCGGAGAAACGUUUGAGGUUCUACAAAAUUUAUACACAAAGCAACUGUUUCCUGGAAUGUUACGCAAAUGCUACGUUGCAAACUUGUGAUUGCGUCCCUUUUUACAUGCCCAGAACGAACGAUACGAGAAUUUGUGGUGUAGGAUCGGCGGGAUGUAUAAAAGUGGCUGAGGAAGUAGUGUUGUUGAAAACUUUAUCAUCUAAGGUUGGGUUAAAAGAUGAGAUUUUUGAGAUGUUUGAAAACUAUUCCACAACAUUUUCUUGUAACUGUUUACCAAUGUGCUCUGAUAUUAAUUAUAACAUGGAGAUCUCCCAAAGUCCUUUUAAAAAUCAAAGGUGGAUCAAACGAAUGAGUGAAAAGAAGAAAUACAACGAUAGUGAUGUUGAAUACGAUGAGUCUCAAAUUAAAGAUUUGUAUGUGGAGGAUGAUGAGGUGGUGGAUGUUGCAUCGUUGACCUUGUUUAUGAAGAAAAAUCACGUUGAAACUAAAGAACGAAAUGAAGUGUAUGGUUUUAUAGAUUUUCUUUCAGGUUUUGGAGGGUUGCUGGGACUUUUUACUGGAUUUUCAUUGUUGUCGUUUACCGAAAUUAUAUAUUUUUUAACAGUGCGAAUUUUUGGGAAUUUUAAGCUCUUUGGAAAUUGGCACGGCGAAAAACACGACUAGAAAAUUAAGGAAAAAAAUCUUGAUAAUAUUAUUUAUGUAAAAUGCAAAUAUAAUGAAACUAGAAAUA